CGCAAACAACCUAACGUGCUAGCUGGCUGCCGACAGAGCUCCCAGCUGAGAGGAAGCAACGAGAGGAAAGCAGAGCAGAUGAAGUCCAUGAUUCAUAAUAAAAUGUGUUGGAGCCGGGCCCUUGACACCGGCUGGCUUCUACUGCUGGUCCAGCUGCUUUGCUCGGAGGCAUUGCCCAUCAGUAUGGAUAAGACCAAAGUCCAGGAGCCAGAGAAACAACCAGAAGAGCCUCCAGCUAGUGUGGACACAGGACUCCACUAUGACCGCUACCUCAGGGAAGUCAUCGAUUUUCUAGAGAAAGAUCAGCACUUCAGAGAAAAGCUCCACAAUACAGACAUGGAAGACAUCAAGCAAGGUAAGCUGGCCAAAGAGCUGGACUUUGUCAGCCACCAUGUCAGAACCAAACUGGAUGAGUUGAAGAGGCAGGAGGUAAGCCGACUCCGGACUCUGAUUAAGGCCAAGCAAGACCUUGAAGGAGGGAAUGAUAUCGCAGUUGACCACCAGGCUCUGCUGAAACAGUUUGAGUACUUGAACCACAUGAACCCUCAUACAUUUGAAGUGGAUGACCUGGAUCGUCUCAUUAAAUCGGCCACUAAAGAUCUGGAAAACUUUGACAAGGAGAGACACGAAGAGUUCAAGAAGUAUGAAAUGCUGAAAGAGCAUGACAGACAGGAACAUCUCAAAACACUGGAAGACGACGAAAGGAUAAAAGAGGAGGAUCACUUUGUGGAACUGAAGAAGAAACAUGCUGACCACCCGAAAGUCAACCACCCGGGUAGCCAGAAUCAACUGAAGGAGGUGUGGGAGGAAGGGGAUGGCUUGGAUCCUGAAGAUUUUGACCCCAAGACCUUUUUCAAACUGCACGAUACCAAUGGAGAUGGCUAUUUUGAUGAUCAGGAACUGGAGGCACUGUUCACCAAAGAGCUCGAAAAAAUCUAUGACCCCACCAAUGAAGAGGAUGAUAUGGUGGAGAUGGAGGAGGAGAGGCUACGUAUGAGAGAGCAUGUUAUGAAUGAGGUGGAUUCUAACAAAGACAGGCUUGUCUCUUUAGACGAGUUUCUGGUUGCUACAAAGAAAAAAGAAUUCUUGGAACCAGACAGCUGGGAGACCCUGGAGCAGAACCAAGCUUACACGGACGAGGAGAUGAGAGAAUUUGAGGAGCAUCUUGUGCAGCAGGAAGAGGACCUCAACCAAAAAACUGUCGACCUCCAGAAACAGAGAGAAGAGCUUGAGAGACAACAGGAGCAGCUUAAUUCACAAAAAAUAGAGCUGCAGCAGGCAGUCGAGCAUAUGGAAAAGCUGAAAACACAGAAUGUAGAACCCCCUCCCGAUGUUCACGUUGAAGGAAAUGCCAUCCCAGAGAUGCAGGAAUUUGACAACCAGUUGCAUCUCGAACAAGAGGCCCAACCUCAGGGGCAUGAACCUGCACCCAUAGUUCAACACUUUACACCUCAGGAAGACCAUGAACAACAACAUAAAGACCUGGCCCAGCUGGGCCUCCCCCAGACGCACCAGGAUCUGCCCCCAGGCCACCAAGAAGCUGCACCAGUGCAGCAUAACCAGCCAUAACUCUGGCGUCACAACUUGAAGCUCCACAACCAGACUUUUGCAGCACCUCCUCUCCAGCGUGCAGAGGAGCAGUUCCUCCAGAGUAUUAGGCCUCGUAGACCAGCAUGACUUAGGGGUUUGGAGGGCAAUUGAGAUGGAUAAGAGCAGCACAAAAAGAAUCCCUGCUCAAUGGCACCAGUGUUUGAUAAUGACUGUAAUCCUUUGGAUUACAUAAUGGAAUAAGAGUAAAAAGACCAACCAAGAACGGACAUCUUAAAAUGUGCAUUUACAAGGACAUUUUCGAGAAGUGUUUGAGAAAGGAUCAAACAUUUUCGGUAAUACAAAAAUAUAAUUUUGGUGAGUUUUCUUUACUUUGCUGUUUGUUGUUCAUCGUACAGAAACUCUUAACAAUGAAGAGGAUAACGUGUAAAGUAAUUUAAAUGUGAUCAUUUUGAGUUUGAUAUUCUGACUUGACUAUCAAGAAACUCCCAAACAUCUUUAAAAAAAAAAAAUAUUAGUUUACAUAUGGGCUGUAUCACAGAUUUUAGAAUAUUAGUGCAAGUGACAUUUUUAAAGAUUUUCUAUUAUACAUACCUGCAAACUUGUCACCUUUCGGCGAAAUUCGCCGUUUUGAAAUCAAAAUAGGUCAUCCACGUGAAUAGUGUAGAUCCGAAGAGUUUUUGUUUUGGGUAGGGGGGGGGGUAAUUGGACGGCCGGCGUUUAUGAGAUUGGAGUGAGACACGGAGAAUAUACGAUGUGGUGAUCUUCGCAAUAACACCUUUGAUGGGACACGUCGAAGGAACAGGCUCCUGGAACAGACUCAUGGAACAGAAUCAUGGAACAGGCUCAAAGCUUAGCAGGACACACAAGUAAGAAAAAAAGGAAGUUGGUUCAUGAAUGACUUUAACCAUACUAUAUAUAAUGAUAAUGUAAAGUUAUUACUAUUAUUAGGGCCCGAUCACUGAAUUAUUCAGAGGACCUUUUUUCUUAAAAUGUUUGUUAUUAUUAUUUAGAUUUGCAGUCAGAACAAUCAAAAGACCGUAGUUAUAAAAGCUUUGAGGUGUCAUCAAACAACGUGCAUGUGGUGUGGAGACAACAACAAAAAAGUCACCUGCUGCACCCCCCCCCCCCCCCCCGUUGUCACCUCUUUUUCACCCCUGAUGAGUUUGCAGGUAUAAUAGCAUUUAAAAGCCCAAAAGAGUCACUAUAACAGUUUUAACCAAUAUGCAGCAUCGUAAUGUCUUAAUCAGAACUAUUUAAUUCAAGCCUUUUGAUUAUUUAAACAUAAUCUACAAGGGUCCUGUCAGCUCUUUGUAGAAAUGUAUUUUAUUUCCAUUAUCUCAACCUGCCAUCGUCACAAACUCAUUCUCUCUUUCAAUCACAAACAGCCUCAUGAAGCCAGACUGCUCCGAGUCCUCACAUGUCAACACUUCCCUUUUGCUACUCUCACGUUGAUUCUGGUUGCUUUCAUAACCUGCCAACUGUUUGCCUACUUUGUGCAUGUGUGUGUGUCCUGUGCCUAAGAAUACAUCUGGUACAGGUCUCCAGAAAUUGGCCAUUUUUGGGCCACACUGCAGCUGCUCUCCACUGACUUUGAUGUCAAAAUAAAUAAAGGUGCUAGGUCUCCCCAUUCAACAAAUGUUUCCCCGACUUUAUUACAGCCCAAACUCCUGCAGAGGUUGCACCUGAGUUUUUUGUUUUUGGUUACUUCCAGUAUGUUGGACCUCUGAAAUAAUAAAUUGUCUUUGCUAUGAUUCGCACUUCAAAUCAUGUCACAAAGUGUGUAUGUUUAUACAUGAAUUGAUCGUGAUUUAAAAAAUAUUUUUUUGCAAGAUUCGUUGGAGCAAGUGCUGGAUUUGGUAAAUUUGUUAAUUAAGAUUUUAACUGAAAAUGUGCAAAGCAGAUUGGGGCAGAGUCUGAUAUUACCACUGUCUUUUUAUUGUCUUUAUUGUCUGAGUGAUAUGAAAACUUCUUGAAUUUGUAUUCGGCACCAAAUGUGCAUUACGUGGUCUUUAUUUGACAAAUGCAGGAUGGCAUAUUUUCUCCACAAAUGACUUGUUUAGUAUAAUUUAUGUGCUCCAUUUAGCUUUUUUCCAUGUAACGUGGUUUCUUCUAGCUGGCAGACUGUUACCACGGCAAUCAGGUGUUUACCGCUUGGCCAAGUUUUACUGAAGGCGGCUUCAUUUGUAUCCAGUGAGAUAACGUCUGCCAUAUUGGGAAUGUACUUUUUACAAAACCCAGAUAUGGAAUACAACUUGUCUGUGUUCCUUCAGAGAAAACUGCAUCAUAAUUUGCAAGAAAUACAGAUUAUGUUUUCAGAUUAUGUUUUCAGAUUGCUUUGCUUGCUGCUCAAUAAAAUGGUAAUGUUGGCACCACCUCA